UAAGAGGAGAGAGAGACAGAGAGGGGCUCCAGGAGGCAGACAGCUGGUUAGUUAGUUGGGCCUGAAUCAUCGGUCAGUCAGUCAGUCAGUCAGACAGCUGGUUAGUUAGUUGGGCCUGAAUCAUCGGUCAGUCAGUCAGACAGUCAGUCAGACAGCUGGUUAGUUAGUUGGGCCUGAAUCAUCGGUCAGUCAGUCAGUCAGUCAUACAGCUGGUUAGUUAGUAGGGCCUGAAUCAUCAGUCAGACAAUCAGUCAGACAGCGGUUUUUCUCCGUUGAGGAACACCGGUCGAUCUCAGUGGUGACUGGUUCCAGCCGGAGUGGUUCUGAUGAUCUCCACCAUGACAGGUGUAGCACUGGAUUCUGCCCUGGGGUCGGUGUCUCCCUCCACCCUGCUGCUGGGGCUGCUGGUAGCUGGAGCGCUGAUCUGUCUCCUGGCUGGAGGGGGGACGGUGUGGGGGUGCCAUCACCCUCCCAGCACCCCCCCCCUGCCCUGCUUGCCCUCUCUGCCUGUCCUGGGCAGCCUGCUGAGUCUUCGUGGAGACCAGCCCCUCCACCUUCGCCUCAGGGAGCUGGGACACAGGUAUGGUCCACUCUAUGCCCUGUACCUCGGUCCCCACUACACGGUGGUGGUGAACAGCUAUCAGCACGCCAGAGAGGUCCUGCUACAGAGAGGGAAGGAGUUCGCUGGGAGACCCAAGAUGGUGACCACGGAGCUGUUGACGCGUGGCGGUAAGGACAUAGCCUUCUCCGACUACACCCCCCUGUGGAAGAUCCACCGCAGGCUGGUUCACAACUCCUUCACGCUGUUUGGGGAGGGCUCCAGCAGACUGCAGGACAUCGUGCUAGAGGCUGUGGAGGCGCUGUGCUGUGACCUCCAGGCCAGCCGGGGGCAGGCUGUUGACCCGGGUCCUCCUCUGAUGAGAGCUGUCACCAACGUGGUGUGUACCUUGGUGUUCAGCUCUACCUACCAACCUGGUGACCCCGAGCUGACCUCAGUGAUGGAAUACAAUGACGGUAUCGUCCAGACGAUUGCUAAUGGGGGGCUGGUGGACAUCUACCCCUGGCUACGGUUUUUUCCUAACCAGACCCUGACCCGGCUGAGAGACUGUAUCAACAUCAGAGACACACUGCUCAACAAGAAACUGGAGGAGCACAAGGUGUCUCUGAGUGUCGGGGAGCCCCGUGACCUGCUGGACGCUCUGCUACAAGGGCAGACUGGGGACAAACAGACAAGGGGGUCAGGGGUCAGAGGUCAAGGGUCAAGACUGGAGGAGGAGGGUAUCUGUGAAGACCACGUCCUGAUGACUGCGGCCGAGGCGUUUGGAGCCGGAGUUGAGACCACGUCCACCACCCUCCUGUGGGUCCUGGCCUUCCUGCUGCAUCAUCCACAGGUCCAGGGGCGUGUCCAGAGGGAGCUGGAUGAGGUGGUGGGAUGUGGGAGGAGCCCAAAUGUGUCAGAUCGCGCCCAUCUGCCCUACCUGGACAGCGUCAUCAACGAGGUCAUGAGGAUACGCCCUGUCAGCCCUGUUCUCAUACCUCACAUCGCCCUGACAACCAGCAGUAUUGGAGGUCAUUCGGUCCGUAAGGGAACCCGUGUGCUGGUGAACAUGUGGGCGAUACAUCAUGACCCUGACCACUGGGACACGCCCCAAGACUUCAGACCAGAGCGUUUCCUAGACAACGAGGGCCGGCGCAUCACUCCUUCCUGCUUCAUGCCAUUCGGGGCGGGACCUCGUGUCUGUGUGGGCGAAUCGCUGGCCAGGCUAGAGUUGUUCCUGUUUGUGAGUGGUCUGCUGCAGAGGUUCAGCUUUAGCCCCGCCCCCGGGGUCUCCCUGCCCGACCUGCAGGGGCGCCUGGGAGUGGUCCUACAGCCACUCAGAUACAGCCUUACUGUCACCCCUAGACCCAGCUGGGGGGUGGGGGGCAGAGGAGGGGAGGCGGCAGGGAGAAUAUGACUCUUCACACUUCAAUGUCUUAAUGUUUUAAAUGUAUUUGUGCAUAAUGAAAUAAAUACAUGAGGAACUGA